AUGGCCAAGCGAAAGUUUGUCUCGUCCAAGAAAAACGCGCCAAGUCGGACGAUCUCUAGCAAAGAGGCGGCGCUGCGUGGCCGAAGUGCUGGCGCAGACGGCGCGGAGUCUGACUCGAGCGACUCGGCGGCCUCUUCGGACGUCGAGUCGUCCACGCCGUUGUCUUCAGAGAGUGAACAGGAGGAGGAUGACGGUAGCACGACCGCUGGUCAGCAGUUGGUCGCAGUGGACGUGAUGCCGGCCAGUGUGGGAAGGGGGAAGCAGCUCCGAUUCCCAAGUGCUUUAUCGCGGGGCAAGGUUUUGCCGACUGAAGGCGGUGCUGAUUCUGAUGCUGAAGAUUCGGAUGACGAGAGUUUGUUAUCAGUUGCAGACAGCGAUGACGAAGGGCACGACCGAGGAGCAACAGUGACGGAGGUAGAGGAGGAACCUGCUGUCACGAUAUCGGUAACUCACACGAAAGCUGUACCGGCGAGUCAUGACCUGAAAGUAAAUAAUGAAAACGCUCCGACGUACCCGAUCAAAGCUACCCGCGCGCGGAAACGACAUCGGCCAGACUCAGAGUAUUACAAGCAAAUGUCCACGUAUGUACGUGAUUGCUUGCUCAGGGUGCGGUGCACAAACAAUAGUGAGACGUCAAUCGAUGCAUUUAGCGUUGAGUCGUCUCAGCGGCACGAUGAGUUUCGACGGCAGCUUGCGGUGGGAGAAGCAGAACGCGUGACAUGGAAGGAGCCUCCUUCUAUCGAGCCUGGUACCGGAGAUCAGGUAAAUGAAGUCAAAUCUAGCAAAACGAACCAGUCAAGUAAGUCCAGUAAAUCGAGCAAGUCUAGCAGCUCUAGCAAGACCAGCAAAUCUGUCAAGUCCGGCAAGUCCAGCAGCAAGAAGAAGGAGCCAGCAAUGAGCUCAGAAGAGACCAACACGAAUCAAUCAACCUCCUCUCCGUCGAACAACAUUCUGGCCGAUAAUCUGACACCGCCGGCCCAGUCUCCGGCACCCGUUGCACCGAGUGCACCGGCAAUGUGUGAAGUGUGCAAGAAGAAGUUGAAUGGCGAAACAUUGAAGGAGGAAGAGCAGGAGCAAAUAGUGAAAAGAGUGGAGGAUGUGAAGACUGGAGAUGUGAAGGAGACAUCAGAAGAAGUGAAACCGGAGAGUACUGCGCCUCAGGCCACUGUUAUUCCUGACGGGUCUUUUAUGAUCACAUUCUCAGCCGAAGGUGACGUACGGAAGCUACGGUUAGAGUCAGCAAAACUGAUGGAUGAGGCUCGAAAACUGAAGCAUGAAGGAAAUCGUCGUGGAUCGAGUGAACCCGGCACUGAGGGGCAGCUCACGCAAGGCAGAUAUUAUCUACGUUCGGGUGCUAAAUUCUUUGAGUACGCACUAAAGCUGCAAGAAGUCAAAGUGGCGUAUCAAGAAAAGAGUGACGCUCAGCACGCGCAGUCGUUUGGCGAAAACUGUAUCACGACUCUUUCGCAGACGUCAUCACUAGUUGAGAGCACUAUCCGCGCUUUCCAGAGCGCCGGUAGUAUGCAACUAGCCGCACUAGGCUGCAAAAUGGCUGCAGUAAUACAUCUCACCGUUUACCGGCUGCAGCACCGCAAGUUGCAGUCAUUCUAUUCGGAGCUGUUUACACCCGGGCGCUCACCUGAAUCACGGGAGAACGGCCUCACUCCGCCGAUUGAUCCGAAUAACGGCAGUGGUAGCAAAGAUGCUGCCAUGCGCAAGCACUUGCUGAAGGAGAUGGAACACACGUUGCGCGGUUUCGAAAUGUGGCGACGCUACGAGUCUUACAAGGUGAGCGUGUUACCGCGCGUGACAAACCCUGUGAUUUUGGACCCAGCUGUGUUUUUCGAAGACCUUAAAGCCGAGCUUGACCAGUCUUAG